AUGCCUCCGUUCCCCCCGCCAAUACCCCUUUCAUCAACGCCGAUCGAUCCAAUCGCAACGCCAGCCCGGGGUGCGCGCACGCGGGGGGGGGGGGAGGUGGGGGGGGGCAGAGGCCCGACGCAAGAUGGGAACCCCAUUCGCCCCACCCGUCGGGCCAGGCCUCCCACGCGAGACCACCUCGCCGGGCGCCACCGCACUGUCACAACAACUGCUCCUGCGAGCGACCCCCCACAACUGACCUCCCGCGCCUAUGACAUUUCCCGACAUCCAUCCGCGACGCGCGUCGCCAGGCCGAGCAAUCGCGCGGGCCACCCCAGCUACACUUCUUGGGCGCAACCAGAAAAACCCCCCACACGGGGGGGGGGGGGGGGGGGGACCAUCACUCAACACGAACAACAUCCGGCGACACCAUCAACCCGCCCACCCUACCGCCCGGGCCCCGCCGACAUCGGCCCCCCCCCCGCUCCCCCACCAGGGGGUCCUCCCCGCGUGCUCACAAAAUUCCAGGGGGGCCCACAUCUCACACACACACACCGCGCACCCGGUAAUCAGCCUCCGGGAUUAAACACAAAGGGGGGGCCCAAAGGCGGAGCGCACCCCCGGGGGGGGGGGAUCCCCCAGCCGCUCACCAUUUUCAAACUGAACAUCCAAGGCCGCAAUCCACCGUGUGCCCGCCCCAAACAUCCCGAGGGCAAUCAAGCACGAGUAACAUCGCCCAUCCCCCCCCCGCGUCAACAUACCCUUUCACGCAGAACGAGCAGUGAAUCCAAAACAUCAACACUGUCUUCCCCGAAUCCGUCGCCCGAUCCACCUUUCUCACACCUCCCCAUUACGUCCCUUCCGGGGGGGGGGGGGGGGGGGGGGGGGGGAGGGGGGGGGCAUCUUACCGAUUACACACCACCGCCACAACCACCCACUAACCCCAUCACACCCCAACCCCAACUGUCUAACCCCCACAUAUAA